GAUCAAGCUCCCCAAGCUCGAUGCGGACGGAGAAGUCCUUACAGCGUCAGAAAGAAUGGGAAGUAGAUCAUGCUAUGGUGAGGGCAAGAAAGCUGCGGGAGGAACGCGUUCAGGAAUUCCAGCAGGAACAAAAGAUUCGUCGAGAAAUAGCCGCAAUCGAGGCGGCGAAGCUCAGCUCCCACGACACCGUGGAGCCAUCUGUUGACGAGGUCAUGUCCAUGGUAGGUUGGGAUCCACAGGAAACCUAUACUAACAAGGAGUUCGAGACCUUCGCGAACAAGGCAACGAAGAAGCUUAGGGAGCUGGGCAGGGAGGACACCUUCGAGCUAGCGAAAUACGGCAACAAAGCGUUCUGAUACAGGCAAUUCUGCAACAAGCUAUUUGAAGGGGUCGCGUGACCACAAAAGAUCGUACCGUAAAUACUUGUUUUGGGUGGGGGGUUUUGAAGUUGUCGUGCGAUCUUGGAGCAAGAGCAAAAAAACACAAUUUGGAGGGGGAGGGGGGGGGGGGGGGGGNUACUCAUAGUCGUGCAUGCCGCAGUCGUUAGACCAUUGACCUCGCAUCCCUACAAAGCCAGGAGAUGCUUGACCAAUUGAACACAACGUGGUGCGAUCACCCCCUUUCCGCGGAGUGAGGGUUCUCGACCCCGCAUUACACAACCUACGACCACCAUCAUGGGGGAGAGGGGGGUCUCGAAGUUGUCGUACGAUCUCGGAGCGGUUUAUCGACGUGUUACUACUUCGGAUUGACACCUAGAGAGGGGCUUGAAAUGUAGAUGGCUGAAAGUCAAUUGAGCUAUUGCAAUGUCUGUCCCUACGCUUUGGGGUCAAGGGAACAGCGUAUUGGCCUCAAGUCUUAAUUGAAUGCGGCGGCAAUUAACUGAUCCAGCAAGGAGUUCUUGGUCCCUAGAGGUGUAAACACGGGGGUACGGAGCAGUUUUGCAUAACGAGUGGCGCUUGUUUUGCUGCACGGUCCGUUAACUUUCGGCGCGUUAGUUCGAGAGUAAUCUGCAAGUACUGCUGUAUGUGUUGACACAACAAUCAUUUGGCCAUCAUGUUUCUGGCGUCUUUUUGUAUAGACUAAUGAUAUUGAAUGCGGCGGCAGCCAACUGAUCGAGCAAGGAUUUCAUGGCGAAGUGACGAAAACAAAGAAAGAGCUUGUGAACUACAGUACUAUAAUAAUACCUUUGCAUGGGUAGUCUAGUCUAUGACCAGGAAUACCUCAAGCCUUCCAUGCCUACAGCAGUACUGCUGUUGUAGUCUUCCUGUGAACUAUUGAGCGAAAAAAUGCCUUGGUGUCAGCAAAUGGCGUACAAACUUCGGUAGCGGCAGCGAUGGUGCCAACCAGUGAGUGUGAAUUAAAAACACAACGCGGUCGGGAGGUACACCAGCACAACCGACAAGAGAGAUUGUGUGUAGACUAGUGAACAAGCCAAUGAUCAUCAUUUACAAAAGGCAGCCAUAUCCAGUCUACAAGCGUCUCAGUACCUAGACUACUACCAACCGAAGGUCGCAUGUACAUGGUCUACAACUGCAGUGGUUGGAUACUGUAGGGGGUAAUCAAGCGGCGAGGCUGGUAGGCAUGUAACGUGCGGCGAUUCAAGUCGCGCAGCGAGCCAUGCGACUGCGAUUCGACGCGGGGGAGCGCUAAGGGAACGAAGCCAGUAGAACCGCAGGAUCCCCGUAACUACUAAUAAUACCCCCACGUGUGACGCUAGAUUAGUCUGUGAUAAAUAGGACGGUUCUGGCCCCCAACACUUUACACACGCCAUGGAAACCCCAUGCCCUUGGCGCGACGCCUGUUGCUGUUGUUUGUUGUUUUCUUCACAUUAAACUCGUGUCAGUUGCUAAUCCCAAGAUCUAGCAAAGACUCGGUCCGUGGUCACAAAUAUUCUAGAGCCAUCAGAAGAUCUAAAGAACACACACACUAUUAGGAAGAAAAGGGUACGCAAGCCCGAGGAGGUACACCUGCAAUCCCUGCAGCACGUGCGUGCUCACAACUGAACUACACGCCCAC